AUGCCUUCGAUCGCACCUGCAGAACACAGUUGGUCUCCAAACUACCACCGUCACAUGGAGGAGAAUCAUUCCAAUGGUGUAACCAACAAAGACAUGGCCAUCAAUCUACUGCAAACCCGGCUGGAAUUGUCUCUCAUACGGGAGGACUUCCAAGACCAGUUGCGUGAGCUCCGACAGGGUGUUAAUCGAGACUUGGAUGCCAUGAACCGUGAGGUCGAUGACGUUCGCGUUGGUCAGCUGGAUAUCUCUAGUCUUGUUGCUGAUUAG